CCUUUUCCCGAGUGUCCGCAACUGCCAUCCUGGGACGUUACGUACCGGUUGUUAGACUGUUCUUAGCGAGAGUUCAAUAACAGAACAGCCCAGGAAACACCAGAAAAACUGCUCCAGCCAGAUCAUCCAAGAUGGUUUUGGAGACCAUUUCAAAGAUUAUUAAAGUACAACUCCCUGCGUACCUGAAGAAGCUUCCUCUUCCAGAGACGAUCGGCGGAUUUGCAAGGUUAACAGUGUCGGAGUGGCUGCGCCUCUUGCCGCUGCUGGGCAUCCUGGCUCUGCUUGGGUAUCUGACCAUCCGGCCUUUCCUGCCCAAGAAGAAGAAGCAGCGGGACAGCCUCAUCAACCUGAAGAUCCAGAAAGAAAACCCCAAGGUGGUGAACGAGAUAGACAUCGAGGACCUCAACAGCGCAAACGUUUGCUACUGUCGCUGCUGGCGUUCCAAAACUUUCCCAGUUUGUGACAAGUCCCACCUGAAACACAACGAGCUCACGGGAGACAACGUGGGUCCGCUGAUACUGAAAAAGAAGAUCCUAUAAUCACGCUCCCUCCCACUACCCCACCAGUUAUUAGUAUUUUUUUAAACUCAACCUACAGAUCAGCUCAUGUAAAUCUCUUAACUGGCAUCAUGUUGAAAAAAGGUGCCGUUUCCCUGAGUGAACUGUGUUUGUCCAAUCAGACGUUCAUCUCUUCAGCCUUUUUUAUCUUUGGAUGCGUCUGUAUGUCACCGGGACCAAACAACUUUGCAAGAAAAAAACAGUCAACAUAACUUUGUAAGUUCAUUUUUGGCCAUGCCUCUUCAUUUCCUACUGCCAAAAUGUCUUCAGAAUGUGAAAUGCUCUAACUUAUUGUUUGUUAAAGCUUCAUGCCGUGCUUUAUAUUGCUGUUUUGUACAACUAACCUAUGGGAAAUCAUACUAAACACAUUUGCAAUGGUCAACAACACCGCCUCCAUUCCGUGCCGGACCAUGUACGCUAAUGUAUCGGCACUACAAGACUGUUAUGAAAUACUACGAUUCACAACAAAUGGAAUAAAACAUGAUGUUGGAGAAGUUUUGGACCUGUUUUUGAAAAAAUAAAAUAAAAAUACCAGUGUUUUGAUGGGCUUUGUGAAGCAGUACCAACUAGGUCGGGACAAUCUGAAGUAUUUUUGGUUGAAAAAGGCUUAUUUUGAGUCCCUGAACGGAUUAAUCCUCAGACCGUCUAUUAAAAACAGAGGGCAGUGAUGGGUAGAUGAGGUAUCAUGAAACAGUAUUGCUGGGUUAAUGAAACAGUGUCCUAAGAGCCACAAGAUGUCGCUCUUGGUUUAGAAAUGAUGUGAGGUUUCAUUGGAUUAGUUGUUCAAUAUCAGGACAAUGUUUCAUGAAACCUCAUGGUCCCAUCACUAACAAAGGGUGACAUGAACUCCACUCUAGUGUCCAUGUGCAGUAGAAAGAAGUAAUGCAGUCACAUGUUUUCACCUGUUUUCCUGACCACAGAUGGACCUGUGAAAGAUGUAAUGGACUAGUUUAGUAGUGGUACAAGUACAUCUCAUUAUAUGCUUCUUCACAUGAGGGAAAAAAACAAAUAAAAAUACAUUUUUAUAAAAUUUAUUGGUAAAAGCACAUGUUAAAAAAAAAGCUAAUGCUAAUCUUUCUAGAGUAACACUUGCCAAUUUAUCUCACAGAACAUUUCCAGCAGGUAAAACACAAAUAUAUAUAUAUUUUUUUUAAGAAAUCACACUGCACAGUUAAAAAACAGUAAAUAAAUCUAGAAAACAUUUAAAUAGGUCUAUAUUUCAUAUUUUAAAAAAACAGUGCAUACAUGUCUCACAUGAGAACAGUGUGUAGUAUCUUUGAACAUGUACCAAACAAACUCAUUAUUAAGGUUAUUUCCUGAGUGUUGGUUGGCUUCAGGAGCCAGUCACAUACCCCGCAGC